AUGGAUGCUAAUCAUCAGCACGAGGAAGAAGUCAACAUGACCGAGGCUCAGCCUAACACUCCCUAUGGGCUAGGCCCAUGCCGUGAUGGCGGUGCAGGAAACAGGAGGAAUGUCUCGUCAACGCGGACAACUUACCUCAAAGCGCGUACACUGGCUCGAUCAGAGCUCAACAAGCUCGAAAUUGAACUAAAAGACGCGCAAACGGAGCUGGCCAGGGAAAUACAGCCAGAAGUCAAUACGUGCUGUAGACUAGCUCCUUCACUGGUGCAAGCUGUCCUGCUGAACCAUCACACGGUGGAUCGCAUGACAAUCGAGCUACGCCGCCAUGCGAGAAUGGAGCGUGAGUCAUCUCGGAAUCUCAUGGAGAUUCUGGAGAACCAACUAAGGGAGACGAAACGAACGAUAAAGAGGAUCCGAGAAAGGCGUCAGCGACUGUACAAGGACAUGGAUGACAGUCGCCGUUAUCCUGGCGGAUCCAGGGAUGCGCCUCGGACUCGAGCUGAAGGAGCUGCAGGAACAAACUUCAAGACAGCAAUAAGUAAACCACUUUAA